CAAUACACACAAAGUGCUAGCACUCGUAUCGUUGUAAAAAAUGUCAACACCCGCACGCAGACGUCUUAUGAGAGAUUUUAAAAGACUUCAGGAAGACCCACCAACGGGUGUUUCGGGUGCGCCAACAGAUAAUAAUAUUAUGAUAUGGAACGCUGUGAUUUUUGGUCCACACGAUACACCAUUCGAGGACGGAACCUUUAAGUUAACCAUAGAAUUUACGGAAGAAUAUCCAAAUAAACCGCCAACAGUUCGAUUCGUGUCGAAAGUAUUUCACCCAAAUGUGUAUGCAGAUGGUGGCAUAUGCCUUGAUAUAUUGCAGAACCGCUGGAGUCCCACAUACGACGUGUCGGCCAUACUAACAUCCAUACAGUCACUGCUGAGCGAUCCCAAUCCCAACUCACCGGCAAACUCCACCGCCGCACAGCUGUAUAAAGAGAAUCGACGCGAGUACGAGAAGCGUGUGAAAGCCUGCGUGGAGCAGAGUUUCAUCGAUUAGCCAUGCGCCCACACUAGGAACAGCAACAGCAGAAAAAUCAGAAGCGACAGCCAGGGCAUAGGCAGUACCAGUAGCAGCAGGAGGGGCACUAGCUUCAGAUUGAGAAAUCAGCAAACUACAGCAACAAAAAUAUACAAUAACAUACACAAGUUUAAAUUAAAUAACAGCAUGAAUACUUAUAACAAUUAUAGUGCUAUAAAAUUGUAACAGUGUCACAGCAACACAUUCAUUUACUAUCCCCCACGCAAUCACUCACGAAAGUUCGAUCCUAGUUAGAUUUGUUUGGCCCUUUUCAUCGUAUCAUCCAAGAACCCGAUACACUCCCAGAAAUGCGAAAUACUUUCCCCAGCUGGCAGCAGCGUCACAGGCCGCUGCAGCUGAUAAUCUCUCUCGUAAGCUAACAGCGAUUCAAAAGUUAUAAUAGUAGCAUAGAUAGCAGCGGCGAAAAAUGAUUAAUAAUUAUAAUAAAACACAUUAUAAAAACUAUGUCAAAUAA